GUCAGGUUUUAUCGUGUGUUAUCGAUUCGAUUGCUUUUCUAAAAUUUUUGGCGGGCAAUAAUCUGAACCUAGAACAUAAUCAAGUCAAAAAUUAUUUAUUGUGAACAUGGCUGAGAUUCUUCAGACAAAAGACGAACAGGGGCCGACUGAAAAAAUGGUAAGCAAAAAACCUGAAGAAGAAAAAAGUAAAAUUGCAGAACAGACAAAUGAAGAAAAGGAACCAUUAGAAAAUGGCAACAUAAAAAAAAAUGAUGAAGAUGAAGGUGAAUCAUCAGAAGAAGAGUUAGGUUCAUUGGAAAAACCAGUUGAAAUUUUAUCUCGUAAAAGAGAAAGAAAAAGCACUGAAAGGUUCACAUUAAAUACACCAGAAGCAAAAACUCACCCUGAGGAUGAGCUUGAUUUUACAAAGGGUCCUGGUGUCAAAUUAGGAGAUAUACCAUUUGUCAAUUAUUCUCUUAACAAGGAAGUUGCAGAAGACUUAAAGACACUCCACAAAAUUUUAUACCCCAGAAUGUGCAAGGUUAAUAUGUUAAAAAAGAAUAUAAGAGCAUUCUGUGGGUUCCCGUUCGAUAAGGAUACUGCUCACUACAAAAAGGUAGAAGGUAUUGCCAAUCGUCUUUUUUCAACUGGACUAAAAUAUAUACUUGGAGUCCUUGGUUUGGAGAAAAAAGGUGAUAAGGAACAAAUGAAAGAAAGAUUACUAGAGUUUCUUGUCAAACCUGAAGAUCUUGGCAGGAAAUUACCAGAAAAAAAAAGAAAAAAGUCGACGUCGAAAGAAAAAAAAAAAAAGUCAAAAGUGGCUAAAUCAAGUAGACCCAAAGAGAAACACGAUCAGUAUGUCAGUUCCGCUAGUGACAGUGACAGUGACGAUGAAGACGAGAAAGAAGAUGGUAAUGAUGAAGAAGAAAAAGAAGCUGCAAAGUCGAAAACACCUAAAAAGAAGUCAGAGUCACCAAAAAAGAAACCCGGUUCUGAGAAAAAGCCAGCGAAACCCAAAUCUAACGCUGACUCAGAAAAAAAGAAGGAUGCUAAAAAGAAGAAACCUACAGCAGUCAAAAUUCCUGUUCCAAAAAAGAAGAAAUCAAUUGAAAAGAAAGCAGAUACAAAACGAAAAGCUGAUGAUGAUUCGGAGGACGAUGAGCCUCUUGUCAAAAAAAGUAAGAACGAACCAACUGAUAGUGAAAUUAAAACAGUUGUGAGCGAUAUAUUAAAGGAUGCAGAUUUGGAAGAAAUCACUAUGAAGACAGUUUGUCGUCAGGUAUAUGAUCACUUUCCGGACUUUGAUUUAACGCCUAGGAAAGAUUUCAUCAAAAAUACAGUAAAGGAGAUAAUAUCUUAAAAGAAGGAGGUAAACUUUUACUGAUAAUGGAGACAUACGAAUAAGAAGACAUGAUUUCUUUUGAACCAUCUCGCGUUAUUCCACCUCGAAUGGAAAGAAGCGUCAUUUGUAAAUAGCGAAGGCUUUGGUACGACGCUCUAUGCCAACUAACGCAUGUAUCACGCGUUUGCCAAUAUAUACUUGUACAUUUUAUCUGUAUGAAAAUUUUAACUUAAAAUCAUUUGCUCUGGUUUUUUCAGUUACUUCGUAUUUGGUCGUUAUGUGUACUGUGUAGUUAUGUAGCAAAAUAGAUCACUCGAUGUUCAACAGGCUCGACAAGAUGUUCAAUACUGUUAUAGGCUAAGUGUGCGUAAAUUAGUUUUUAAUUGUAAUUGAUUUUCUUUUAACCAUUGUAUGGCACAAAAAUUUAUUUAAUAACAUUUUAACUGAA